UCGAGGAGUCUGAUAGUUUUAGUAUGAAAAGCAGCCUGUGCUGACACUCUGGACUAAAUCCAUAUACCCAAGAUGCCAGAAUUAAUGCUUCCUCAGACAGCACCAGAACCACUGAAGGAAUCAGACUCUAACAACAUUCAAAUGGGGGACAAAAGGAAACCAAAGAAUGUGGGUAAAAAUCUAAUGUGCCGCCUUCAGUCCAUAUUUCCAAGCUCCAGUUCCAAUGCUGAAGCCUCAAAACCCUCAAAACUUACUACAGAAGAAGCCUUGCUUUGGUCUCAGUCGUUAGAAAAACUGCUAGAAUCUAAAUAUGGCAUGACUACAUUUCGAGCUUUUCUCAGAUCUGAGUUCAGUGAUGAGAACAUUGAAUUCUGGCUGACUUGCGAGGACUGUAAGAAAGUGAAGUCUUCUCGAUUGUCUAGCAAGGCUAAGAAGAUUUACGAGCAUUACAUACGGGCCGAGGCACCCAAGGAGAUCAAUAUUGACCAUCAUACAAGAGAAACAAUAAAAGCCAAUGUUCAAAACCCAACCAUCCAUUGCUUUGAUGAUGCCCAGAAAAUAGUCUACGGGCUCAUGGAAAGAGACUCUUACCCCAGGUUUCUGAGAUCGGACAUUUACCAAAUCCUUUCAGGCAAACUGCAGCCUGAUUCAGUAAAUGGGUGAAGAAGGUUAGCAGUAACAUGAACUUAGCAGUAUCUUUACUAACUAGAAUGCAGAGAUUGGGUUCCAAGAAGUCCUUUGUGCAAUAAAGUGCUGGAGCUUGCAAAAUGGUUCUGAAGAGUUGCAGAAUGCAUCCGGCAGAACCAUAGAUGAUUGGACCCUUCCAAGAUCAGUGAAGGCGAAUAAGAAUUACAUGAGCAGUUAUGAAGGACUGUUGCACUGCGUUAAUUGCUCCAGAAAUCUGUUCAAGAACAAUGUCAUAGCAGAGUUGCCACAGACAAGAUGUGGAUAAUAUACUUUCAGGUAACAUUCUAGUGAGAUGUUGACAUCUGAGUAAGUGCAGCACUGUUUUUAUUGACAGUAUGGUACUUUGGGGUCUAACGGUAGGAUUUGCUGCAAGUAAUCUUGUGAUCUCUUCCAUUCAGUGCUGGCUAGCACUGCUACAGUAUGUGUUCCACCUGAUGUUGUUUAUACCUGAAUUAAAUACUCACAAGUGUGGUUUGUUAUCAGAAUCUGCUUCAAAUGCAUCUAAAAUGAGAAACAUUGGCCUAUAUUACCAAAAUGUUUUACUAUGUGUAAGUGAAAUCUGUAUGAUUUUUUAAAAGAAAAA